AUGGCCACCUCCAUCCGAUCCAUCAAGUCGCUCGUGCCCCUCCUGGACCGCGUCCUGGUCCAGCGCGUCAAGGCCGAGGCCAAGACCGCGUCCGGCAUCUUCCUGCCCGAGUCGAGCGUCAAGGAGCUCAACGAGGCCAAGGUCCUCGCCGUCGGCCCCGGCGCCCUGGACAAGGAGGGCAAGAGGCUGCCCGUGGGCGUGCAGGCUGGCGACCGGGUCCUGAUCCCCACUUUCGGCGGCUCCCCCGUCAAGGUUGGCGAGGACGAGUACACCCUGUUCAGGGACAGCGAGAUCCUGGCCAAGAUCAACGAGUAA